AUGGAAAGUUUAGAUGAUAUUAUAGAAGAUGCGAAUAAAAAUAUUAAAAAGUUUUUAAAAAUAGUACCUGGAGGAGGAAGAAAACCAGUUUAUAGCUCGAAACUAACUCAUCUUAAAAUAUCACACUACUAUCCACUUUCAAAUAAAAAAAUCAAAGGCAUUGUACACACAUUCCCAAAUAUAAUUCAUUUAGAUUUAGAAGGAAGUACAGAAGACCGUAUUGGUAAAACUCUAAAGCUAAUAGCGAAAUCAUACCCAAAUUUGGAGUAUCUUAAUAUAUCUGCUUUACACGGAUUUAAAUCAGAAAGCGAUAUAGGUUUAUCUGCAAUCGCAAAUUCAUGCCACAAACUAGAAUAUCUAAAUAUUUCGGGUCAUACAGGGUUUUCUGAAAUAAUAAUUUGUAAUGUUAUUUGCUACUGCCAGAGGCUCCAACAACUAAACCUUAGCUAUUGUGAAAUUACUGAUAUAACUAUUGAAGAAAUUGCUAGAUCAUGUCCCAAUUUAAAAUAUCUUAAUUUAAGGGGGUGUUAUAAAAUUAGCAAAGGAGCUGUAAAUAAGCUAAAUCCAAAUAUCCACAUAGAGAAUUUUGAGGAAACUUUAUCACCUCCCGAUCUCAUUGAAGCAGUUAGAAAUUAUCUUGUACAGAACAACGUUUUUAGUAGACAGAUUUUAGCACAGGGGCUUCAGCGCCUCUUAGAUUUAAGUAUGCGAGAUAAUUUGCAGUGA